AUGAAGCUUGGACCGAAGAAGCCGUACUUCGGCCUCACAGGCGGAUGGCUUACCUUCUGGGUCACAGUCGCGUGUGCGACUGAUAUGACCCUCUUUGGCUAUGACCAAGGCGUCUUUGGCGGUGUUGUCAUUACGCAAGAUUUCCUUGACACCCUUGGCAUCGCCGACGACGCAAAGAUGCAGUCGACGGUAACGGCAAUCUACGACAUUGGAUGUUUCUUCGGAGCCAUUGCGGCCUUUGCCGUGGGCGAUCCGCUCGGACGGAAGAACACUAUCCUACUUGGGACCACGAUCAUGUCCAUCGGGGCUAUUCUCCAAAUCUCCGCAAUGAAUGUACCCCACAUGAUUGUAGGACGCAUCGUUGGUGGAAUCGGCAAUGGUCUUAACACUGCGACGGCACCAGUCUGGCAAGGCGAGACCUCCAAAGCCAGCUGGAGAGGCAAGCUGAUCGUAAUCGAAAUGAUCCUGAACAUCGCCGGGUUUUCGUUGUCGAACUGGGUAACAUUUGGCUUCUCCUUCUUGACUGGAGGUAUCGUCUGGAGAAUGCCACUUGCUCUGCAAUUUAUUUUCAUCGUCAUUCUCUACGGAACGGUCCCCUGGCUUCCAGAGUCUCCCAGAUGGCUCAUUGCCAAAGGCCGCAUCGACGAGGCGGAGCUCAUUCUCGCCGACCUUGAGCAAACCGAGGUCAGCGACCCAUAUAUUAUCACCCAGUCCAAAGACAUCCAAUGGGCCGUACAAUACGAGCGCGAGCACAAUGUCCGCUGGCGCGAUCUCUUGCGCGGCCGCACCGGCGGUCAAGCCGGUACCUGCACCAUCCGCCGCCUUAUUCUGGGAAUGGGUACGCAGGCGAUGCAGCAGCUUGCUGGCAUCAACGUGCUUUCAUACUACUUCCCCUCUGUGCUUAUCAACUCCGUCGGCCUGGAAGAGAAAAUGGCUCGUUUGCUCGCUGCGAUCAACUCCGUCAGCUACCUCCUCUUUUCAACCAUCGGUAUACCGAACGUCGAACGUUGGGGCCGUAGGAAGAUGAUGAUGUACGCGGCGGUGGGCCAGUGUUUCUGUUGGCUUAUCAUCACGGUCCUGCUCAGGUAUACGGAGAUUCCGGAUUAUCCCAACAAGAAGAAAGUCGCUAGCGCCUCCAUCGCAUUCUUCUUCCUGUACUACGUGUUCUUCGGCAUUGGUUGGCAGGGUGUCCCGUGGCUGUAUCCGACCGAAAUCAACUCUCUGAGUAUGCGAGCCAAGGGUGCCGCGCUGGGCACAGCGACCAAUUGGAUCUUUAAUUUCAUGGUCGUCGAGAUCACCCUCCCCGGCAUCGAAAGCCUAGGCUGGCAAUUCUACAUCAUCUGGACCGUCUUCAACGGCGCAUUCGUGCCCAUCGUCUACUUCUUCUACCCCGAGACCGCGGGCCGCUCUCUCGAGGAUCUCGAUCGGUACUUCCAUGACCAGCCCUCCCUGUUCGUCAAUCGCGACAAAGACGCGAUCUCCAGCAAGCGGCCGCAGAAAUACAUUGAGCACGAGGAGGGCGAGAUUCGCCGGCACAGCAGUGUCAGUCCCGCGGCAAUGAACGCGGCGGCCGCGAAGCAUCGGCAGAGCGUCUUGAACAGGGAAAGUGGCAGUACGGCAAUGGGGACGGAGUAUAAGGAGGAUAGAUUUGCGGAGAGGGAGAUGGUGGAGAAGGUAUAA